AUGCGCUUUUACCACGCAGUAGUAGGGGCACUGCUGGGCGCUCUUUGCCAGUCCUCCCUGGCAGUCUCAACCGAUGGUCUCCAGGACUUGGUCAAACGGCGACUUCCGGAUCACGUUGAUAGCUUUGCGUUUUCUCUGAAUGCCAGUUUCGGGACCCAAGACGGUGACUAUAUUCGCAAAAACGACAAUUUUGAAGUUUCCAGUGCCCCAAAUGGCACGAUUCUUAUCCACGGAAACUCGUUGAGUGCUUUAGCAACAGGUCUUCGGCGCUAUUUAACGGAAAUUGCUCACGUAGAUAUUUACUGGUUUGUCGGGAGUCUCCUCGACAAAGCUCCCAAUCCGUUGCCAAAAUUAGACACGCCACUGCGAGGCUCCAGCAUUGUUCCGUGGAGAUAUCACUUGAAUACAGUUACCUUUGGAUAUACUGCUGCCUUCUGGACAUGGGAAGAUUGGGAGCUAGAGUUGGACUGGGCCGCCAUCCACGGUAUCAAUCUGGCUCUCGCGUGGGUUGGAUACGAGCAUACUCUGCGAGAGGCAUUCAAGGGAGUCGGAUUGACGGAUGAUUUGAUUCUUCCAUUUUUCAGCGGCCCGGCGUUUCAGCCUUGGAAUCGCUUCGGCAAUAUCCAAGGGUCCUGGGGAGGUAGCGACUUACCUCUCGAUUGGAUCAACAAACAAUUUGAACUACAAAAGAAAAUUGUCGCACGUAUGGUCGAACUUGGCAUCACGCCUGUUCUUCCUGCGUUCCCUGGAUUUGUCCCAGAGGGUAUCUCGCAGGUCCUCCCGGAAGCCAACGUUACUACAGGCGCGACAUGGGGUGGGUUCCCAAAUAAUUACACGCAAGUUAAUUUCCUAGAUCCAUUUGAUCCUCUUUUUUCCGAGCUUCAAAAAGGCGUAAUCAACGAACAGAUCAAUGCGUUUGGGAAUGUGACCAAUAUUUACACUCUUGAUCAGUACAAUGAGAUCCUUCCAGCAUCAGGUGACACAGGUUAUCUCCACAAUGUAUCUUACAACACGUGGCAAGGCCUCAAGGCUGCAGACCCUUCGGCCAUUUGGCUAAUGCAAGGUUGGCUGUUUUUAACUAACGACUUCUGGACUGAUAGUAGGAUUUCAGCGUAUUUAGGCGGCGUGGAGGAUAACAACGACAUGUUGAUCCUUGAUCUCUUUUCAGAAACACGUCCUUAUUGGCAGCAGACCAAAUCUUACUACGGCAAGCCCUGGAUAUGGUGUCAAAUGAACGACUUUGGCGGUUCAAUGAGUCUAUAUGGACAAGUCAUGAAUAUCACAAUCAACGCAACUCUCGCUGUUGCCCAGUCCGAAUCACUGGUUGGCUUUGGGUCGAGUAUGGAAUCCGAGCAAGGGAACGAAAUUAAAUGGGAUUUGCUAUUCGAUCAAGCAUGGUCGGCAGACCCGAUCGAUCCGGUGGAAUAUUUCUCGAACUGGACGUAUAGUCGCUACACCUGGGGCAGUUACGGCGAUAUCCCACAAGAGCUAUUCACUGCUUGGGAAAUCUUGGCAAAAACAGCCUACAACAACACUAACUCAAGCACGGGUGUUACACCGAAAGCUAUACUAGAGUUGGCUCCAAGUAUUAAAGGAUUGACUGAUCUCGCAGGAUUUUAUCCCAAUCCGACAACAGUCAACUACGACCCUGCGGAGAUAGUGAAUGUAUGGAACCUUAUGGUGAAAGGCGCAAAUGGAAACACUUGGCUGUGGGAACAUCCAUCUUUCCAAUAUGACAUUAUCGAUGUCACUCGGCAAGUACUGGCAAACGCCUUUAUCGACUACUACAAUAAUCUUGUGUCAUCUUACACCGCCGGAUCCCACGAGAUUUCCGAGAAAGGAGAAAAUAUUCUUGACUUGCUCACCGACCUUGACACAGUCUUGUCGAAAAACAAAGCAUUCAGCCUGAAAGAUCGAAUUUCUUCGGCUCGUUCGUGGGCAGAGGACGUGGACAAAGACUUUUAUGAGUAUAAUAUCCGUAAUCAGGUAACUCUCUGGGGCCCUGAUGGAGAGAUUUCAGAUUACGCAUCCAAGUCUUGGGCGGGUUUGGUCGGGUCUUACUACCAUUCUCGAUGGUCGAUUUUUAUCGAGUACCUUGCAAAGACAGAUUUUGCACAAUACAAUGAUACUACUCUGUCUAGUCAGCUACGCGUGUUUGAAAAUCAGUGGCAAACCGAAACGUCUCUCAAGGCUUCGACAUCAGAAGCCAAUUCAACACUCGAAAGCAUUCUUCACCAGUUGAAGAAGAGCUGGCCGUCUAUUUUUGAGUCGUCUUAG